AUGGGCUGUGGUAAUUCAGUGCAGCCGGUGGUGAGUUCAAAUGCAUUGAACUCAUCUAUUAUAUCCAACAACUCCAAUGCCUUUCCAGUAUCUCAAAACAUUCCUACUACAUCACAUCCAAUCCAAGCAAUUAACGCAAAUCAACUUGGUCGACGAAAUGUCGAAAACUUUGUUCUGAUGUGGCUAGACGCAACUCAGAAUCAAAAUGAAUUAAGUGUGUUUCGAUCCAUUUGUAAUGAGAUUAAUCUAUUUUCAUCGAUCGAUAUGUGCCUUGCUGCCAUCGCUAGUGUGAAGAAUGAGAUAGUUUUCGUAAUCGUCUCUGGAACUCUUGGUCAACAAUUCGUUUCUCUUCUUCGUUCAUAUCAGCAAAUCGAUUCUGUUUAUAUAUUUUGCAGCAAUAAGCAAAAACAUCAACAGUGGUCAUCAAAGUUCCCUAUUAUCAAAGGCGUUUUCACCGACUUGAAGUCUAUUUACACUCAAAUAUUAAGCGAUAAAAAACGAGUUGGACAGAGUCUUAUUGGUUUUAACUUAAUUAGAUCACGAAAUACAGUGGAUUCGAAAAAUGUGCAAGAGGUCGAGUUUAUGUAUGCGCAAUUAAUAAAAGAUGCUUUAUUACAACUUCAAGAUACCGAUGUAACCGAUAUGAUCGCUUGCAGCCGUGAUCAGUAUGAAGGUAAUACCGCAGAACUGAACCUGAUACAUGAGUUUCAACGAAAUUAUAAAGACAGUUCGCAAGCUAUUGAAUGGUAUACGCGUGAAAGUUUUGUCUAUAAAAUGCUGAAUAAGGCUCUUCGAACAAUGGACAUUGAUGUAAUGUAUGCUUUUCGGGUUUACAUUCGCCAUCUUCACGAACAGCUUAAUAAACUAGUCAUUCAGCAAUCUGCUGGACAUAAUUCAACGUUGACUCUCUAUCGAGGGCAAGGCUUAAGCAAAGAAGAGUUUAAAGGAUUGAAAUCAAAUGAAGGUGGUUUUUUCUCGGUAAAAACGUUUCUUUCUACCAGUUCAGAUGAGAAGACAAGCAUCUGGUUUGCUAAACAAUGUCAAGGCGAUGUCAUAAAAAUAUUACUUAAGAUUUAUGUUGAUUUCAGAGCAAAACUUAAUGUGCCCUUAGCCGAUAUUGCAUCAUUUAGUGAUUAUGCAGAGAGUGAAUAUUUGAUUUCGAUGGGCUCCAUUUUCCGUAUUGAUAAGGUGAGUGAGGGAAAUGACGGUAUUUGGUUGGUAUCGUUGUCUUUAACGGCGGAGGGCGAUCCGGACUUGAGCAUAUUAAAUGAAUCGUUUAAAAGGCAAUAUCGUGAUAAACAUCCUAUUCACCAACUGUUCUUGAUUACACACAGCAUGGGUCAUCCUGCAGUGAAAAAAUUUGGAUCUGUGAUUGGAUGGGGUGAUUAUAAUGUAGAUGCUAAAACAUCCGCAGACGCAGACAAUGCAAAGAUACGUGUAGGUUUACAAACGUUACUUGAACAAGUCGAAAAAGCUCUACAACACACUCACGAGGGCGAUCCUGCACUGUUUGUGAUGUUCGGUAUGAUCACGGCAGUAUAUGUUGUUCUCGAAGAGCCUGAGUUGGCACUCGAUUACAAUCUGAAACAACUUCGCUGCUUGCUUAAUAAUCCCCAGGCAACUCUAGAACACAUGACUACAACACUCGAGGGCGUUGCCAGGAAACUCAUGAACAAGAAAGAUUAUUCGAAUGCAGUUAGAUUUCACAAACUUUCCCUUGAUCAGAAACAAAUCAAACUUCCUGACAACCAUCCGGACAUAGCCGACUCUUACAAUCAAAUCGCUACUUGCCAUUAUGAACUUCAUCAAUUUCAAGAAGCCCUGUCUAAUGCUCAAAAGGCAGUUUCUAUCGCUCGCCAAUCUCUACCAAACGGUAGUACUUUUAGAAUUGAUUAUGAAAAAAAUCUUCAACGCAUCCAGAUCGCUUUGAACCAAUGA